AUGGCUCCUUCCUCUUGUCCGCUCUUAUUGGAAAGCCGUGCGCUUAUUGACUCAUUGGGCUAUGUCGACACGGAAUAUAAUGUAUUAUCGAGUCAACGGCAGGUUCAAGCUCAGAUCCGUGCUGAGAUGGCUACAUUUACGCCUCCAGAGGACAAGUAUCUGACCUUUUUGCCGUCCUACACGCCGUCUUUUGGUGGUAGAACCCGAUUGCAGACUGAGUUUAAGCGCGUAGCGGCGAAAGUCCCGCUAGACGCUAUUGAUAUGAACCGGUACCAGGUUAUGAAACCUACGGGUAAAAUUGCAGAGAAUUUGGAGGCAUGGGAACAAGCGGUCGAGCAACUCCAAGUGGCAAUUGAGCAUCAGAGCUAUUGGGUGCUAAAUCUGGAACUACAGCAGGGCUACGGCACGAAACUAGCCAAGGUACGGGCAGCUGUGCUCGACGGUAUGAAUAGUCAGUACGAGCAUUUGGUACAGGAGACAAAAGUGACGUCGGAUAAAAUCAACUUGGGCAGGCAGCAGGAGCAGUUGCGUAACCUUACCAAGCUGCAUAAUUACCAGACCAGGUACUAUGAGCUGCUUGUAAAGAACGCGUCAAUUAAGCGAGCGUGCGUGGAACAGGAGGUGCAACAACAGAAGAAGAAGGCUAAGACAACGUGA